CCCCGUCUUCGCAGGGUCCGUCGGCGAAGCGAUCACGCUGCUCCCCUUUCGGAUCUCCGACGCGAUUCUACGACCUAGGGUUUGGAUCUGAGGAUAAGCUUUCGGUUUUGCUUCGGAUGUUUCCCUCGGUGGAUCGCAAGUUAGAUAAGGAUAAUGCUUAAGCAUCUGCAAUGCACAUAUCAACAAAAUUGUUUUCUCAAGUUUUGUGCUCUAUGAGGAGUAAGAUGGCAUGGGAACAAAAUUGCUUGAAGGCAUACUAGAGUAUUCACAUAGCUGAGCAUAGUUACAUAGUAGCAAUAUGUGGCGGACCGUGGUACAAAAUCGGGUAUGCAAUUCGCCACUUCAAAAAUUUGGAUUCGAGGGGGGUAGCUUGCUUUGGUACACAACUUUGGUUGUGGAAUUGGUUCUGGAAACCCAUGAUAACAAAAUUGAUGAUGCCAUUAAGAAUCUAAAUGCCCUUUGCCUUGGCAGCAAUCUUAAGGCAGAUGAAGCAAGAAGCUUGAAUGCGACAGCUCUUUCAAAUGAAAGUGCCGUUGAAGGUGAAAUUUUAGGGAACUCUAGGACGUUUCAAAAUGGAUCCUCGUGGGUGGAUCUUUUUGUACAGGAGAUGCAUAGUGUGUCAAAUUGGGAUGAUGUGAGAGGCAAGGCUACUAUGCUCUUGGAAGCUUUUGAAAAAAAUGUCAUUGACAACUCCAUGACGUCAAAGGAGCAGGAGAUUGGUUUGCUUAAAGAGCAUCUUCAGUGUGUAUCGAAGGACAACAACAUUCUGAAAAAAGGCAUUCAAAUUCAGCGUGAGCGCAAUCUAGAGCAAGAGGAGAAGCUAAAAGAAGUGCCACAGUUGAAGCAUUUCAUUAGCCAAUGUCAAGAGCAAAUUCGAAAAUUAGAGAUGGAUAAUUACACAUUAAGGGUCUAUCUUCAGAGAGCACAGGAAUCCAAUUCUAUGCCAGGUCAUCACCACCGAGACAUAUUUUAGAGUUCUUCGAUUUUGUAUCAUUUGGGUAUGAACCUCAUCAAGCAUUUGCCUAGGACAGCAGCUGAAGACUUGAGCACUGGGAAAACAUCCGGAUAUUUGUCCAUUUUAGUAUUUAUUAUUAGCUAAUCCCACGAAGCAAAGGUAAAGAAUUUGUAUUUGUUUGGUUGCUUUGUAUCACUAAAAUCAGUUUUUACUGUUCCAAUGUCAAGGGAUCUGAUAAUAUUAUUAUCUAAUAUUUAUAUGUUGUAUCUAUUUUGUACUCAUCAUCUGCGUAUGUGAUUCAUGUAUCACUUCUUUCUGGAUA